AUGACGAUGAUUAUUAUCAUAGCAACAAUAGCUUUGAUAUUCGAGUCAGUAUACGCUGGACAAGAUGUACCAAAUGAUUUACGACUAAAACUGAAAGCUGCCAGUACAUUUCACGACUUCAUGAAAACAGCUAAAGUGCAACUCAAACAGAAAGCGCCAGACCGUGCAAGAAUAAAAAUAUCGUCAUUUUCUGCCAUGGCUUCCACUAAACGAGGUCCAUCCAGAAGCAGUCAAUUGAUAACAUGCCCUGACCCAAUGAAAAUUCUUAGCUCAAUUAAACAAGGUAACGAUACGUGUCUUCUACAAAAUGUCUGUGUUCCGGUACCUAUAGAUAUAUCCAAUUCUCAAGUGUUGGUAUUUCCAAGAUGUUAUGAAGUUCCUCAGUGUGUUGGAUCAUGCUGUGAUGUUGCAGAGUCUUGUCAUGCCCUCUCGAAAGAAUACGUUGAAAAACCGGUUGUUGAAAUGAUAUAUAUGGGAAACAACAACUUUGAGGUGAACCAAUCCAUCAUUGUAAAAAUGGAAAAACAUCUGUCAUGCGGAUGCCGAGACUGCUUAGCAAUGGGGAAUGUCAACUGUAACAGUAACCAUUUCAUAGGUCCAAGUUGUGCAUGUAUAUGUAGAAAUCAAGAAGACAGAACUAAAUGUACAGGUAACAACUAA